AUGUCAAGUGAGGAUGAAGAGAAGGAAGUUGAAAACAAUAAUUUUCCAAAUGAUGACUCGAAAAUAGAAUCUGCUGUUCUACUAGAGGAUGUAUCUAGCUCAACUAGUACCGCUACUAAACGAAAAAGAAGCGGUCUUGACAUUCCUAUUGUUGCCAGCACUGCUGUUUUACCCACAUGGGUGGCCGGUACUUCACCAGCCAAAUUUGUAAGUAUGGAUGAAUUAAUGAAGAUGUCAGUAGCACUGGAAAAUAUGGCGUUAGUACAUGAAAUUGCGGUCAAUCCUGAAUUUGUAAUCGAGAGAAACUCAGCGAAUUUAGUAGAACAAGCGGUGGAAGAUUGCAUGAAAAAAGCUUACUGGGAUAAACUGCGUGAAGACCUUGCUCGGGUACCACCAGAUUACUCUUAUGCCCUGGUUUUGCUUGAUGAUAUCAAAAAGAUGAUAUUGGAUCUGCUGACGCGGCAGCAUGUUCGUUUGCGUUCUGAAAUAGAAUGCAUGCUGGAUAUUGACUUAUUAAGGCAGCAAGCUGAAAAUAAUUGCUUAGACGUACGUCAGUUAUUUGAAAAUAUUAUUGAACUCCUGAGCAGACUCUGUGCACCAGCAAGAGACAAAUUGGUGAAUGAUUUGCGCAAUAAGACAGAUAAUGUAGAUAUGUUGAGAGGCGUAUGUGAACUUUUGGAUUUAAUGAAACUGGAUAUGGCUAACUUUUUUGUUCAAGUUAAUCGCUCUAUUGUUGAGAAGCAUUCAUCCGAAUACGAGAGGACACAAUUUAUGAAGCUUCUGGACAAAAAUCCAGACCUGGAACUGUCAACGUUGGAAUGGUUGUGUAGACAUAUAA